GUGGGCGUAGGGUGCUGGAGUGCUGCAGUGUGUAUUCCGUAGAGCGUGUCAGGAGAGGUGAGCGCGCGGCGCCGCGUGUUGGCGGCAGUAAUGGUGAUGGAGCGGCUCGCGGACUUCGUGAGCAAGUCGCUGGAGGGUGGCGAGGCGCCCGCGCCGCCGCCCGAGCCUGGUGACGCGGACGACGCGGAUGACGUGGAGGUGGACAUCACGGAGCUGGAGGACAAGGCGCCGCCGCCGAAGCGCCCGCGCAACUGGCUGCUGUCGCCCGUGCCCCACCACUGCAAGCGGGAGCAGGCACACGAUGAAGAUGAUGAUCACAGGCACGAUGCCACGGACAAAUCCCCGACGGGCGGCAGCAACAAUGGCGGCGGCAAACAGCGCCGGUCCCGCACGAACUUUACGCUAGAACAGCUUGGUGAACUAGAACGGCUGUUCGACGAGACUCAUUACCCUGACGCCUUCAUGCGGGAGGAACUCAGCCAGCGGCUUGGACUCAGCGAGGCUAGGGUUCAGGUGUGGUUUCAAAACCGAAGAGCAAAGUGCCGCAAACACGAGAGUCAAAUGCACAAAGGUUUAUUAGUAAGCGGCGGCGGCACCCCGCUGGAGCCGUGCCGCGUGGCUCCAUACGUAUCGGUGCCGCGCCUGUCUGCUGUACCCCGGCCCCCGCCCGCGCCGCAGCUCCCCCCUCUCGGGCCACAUCCACCGCCCUCCACAGCAUUCGCACCCUUCGACUCCGCUUUACUGUCCGCUGCUGCUCAUCAGUACGCGAGUGCGGCUGCAGCAGCGGCGGCGGCUGCACUAUGUCCUCCGUACGCUGGGCUCGCAGCCCUGGCGGCACGGUGUCGCUCGUCGUCCAUAGCGGACCUGCGGCUGAAGGCGCGGCGGCACGCGGCGGCCAUGGCAGCCGCCCGCGCCUCCCCGCCGCCUGCACCCCCUGUGGCACCCGCGCCCGCGCCCGCGCCUGCAGACACAUAGCCACGCUAAACGCUCCACAAGGGAGAACACCUCUUUUCGGCAGCAGCCUAUAGGCACAAUGCGUUUUCGCACAACUACCUUUCUCGAGAUAAAAGGUUACUUUGCUAGUUCUUGUGCAAAGUGAAAAGCGGGUUUAGGAUUGGCCUUACCCUCUAUGGCAAAGACAGAAGUGUAAUGUUAUCUAAUUUCUCCAUCGAAUGCUCUUCGAAAUAAGUGACUGCGUUGAGGAUAAGAUGCGUAUCUACUUUUCCAGAGUUUGAAUAUCCUCUUUUCUUUUAUAGUCAACAAAAAAGAGUAAUUUUGAUCGAGGACUUUCAAUUCUGAAAUGAAAACAUUUACAAUUAAAGUGAUAGAGUUAUAAAAGGCUUAGACUGUUUCAUAUAGCGGAGUGUGGUUUACAAUCAUUUACUAAUAACUUACGUGGUAGACAUCUGUCCAUUUGGAUUAGAAAAAUUACUUCUACUUAACUUUUCCAACGAGUAAUAUCUAGUCAGAAAAAAAAACCUUACUUACUUAUUAGGUACUACUUUGAGGACUCUUGGUUCCUAAUCAUGUAAACGUAAUAAACGGUUGAACUUCGUUAUGUGGGUGUUACCUAUAGUUAUAGAUUAAGAUGGACACGGUUCCUGGAUACAAUAAAACAAUAAAAUCUCUAUAUACCUAAUAACCGUCGUUACUUCAGACUUACCUUAUUAUUUAUUUAAAAAAUGAAUAUUUUCAUCUUGACUAUGCUAGUCAAGGUGAAAAUGCAUUUUCAUGUAGGAAUUCCCAAAAAAUGUUACUUAAAACAAUUUCGUAUAGGUUGUUUACUUUAUCGUAAUCUAAUAUUCUAAUGUAUUGCAUUCAGGAACCUCAAGAGUAGUGUAAGUGCAGUUUGUGAAAUGUCCGCUUGUAUCAGGCAUUUACAGAGCACUAUGUUAGAAAUAAAUGACCAAACGAGUAAAUUGGACUGUGAAAUAUUUGUAAAUUUAUAAGCUGUGAUAAGUGUACGACUCGGAAUGGAGAGGCGAAGUUCUGUUUAGCUUGUUUUUAUUUAAAUUUAAGUGGUUUUACAUCUGUGGCUAUUGAAUGUUCGUAAUGUUGAAGAUUUCUCUUUUGUUUAGCGCAUUCAAUUGUAUGACUGAGCAUUUUUAAUUUUUUAAUAGGCGCAUAAAGACUUUUUAAGUGUGAAUGGAACCUAUAGAUACGUUUACAAAUGAGAACCAUACUAUGUUUACAAUAUGUCUCGUCUUUCAAAAUGGAUUUUCCUUUUAUGCAUAAUUUCUUUGUGAAUUUUACAGACCGUAACGUAAAUUACGGUAGUGCGGUGUAGAAAAUGAAUCGAAUUAAAAAUAAAUCACUUUUUAUUUUUUACGACCAUUUAU